AUGUUUGGUUGUAUUGUAGCUGGAAGACUGAUCCAAACCAAUCUUCAACAAGUUGAUGUAAACAAAUAUAUUUUUGAACUUCCCGAUGCAGCUACCGUGAAUCAUAUCGUAGUAUUCCUACUUGGAACAAUUCCUUUUGAUCCAGGUUAUGCAGCAACCGUUCAUUUCUUGUGGCCAGGAAGUGAAAGCGGUUGGAAAUUGUUGGGCAUGCUAUCAAAUGACAAGCCAAGUGCGAUUUUUCGUCUUCGCGGAACGAUUAUUCCGUCAAGUGGGCAAAACCCGACAUUUGGUACCAGAUUGAUUACGAGUGGCGCAAUUUCACUUGAUUCCAACGUAUCUUCGGUAACAGCAACGUUGGGAAUUUCGAUUGAACCAAUCUCUGUGAUUGAAGCGCAAAUUGCAAAUUUGCCACCGCAAAUCAAUUCGGCAAGUUCAGAAAGUAUUGGUCAGGAAAUUCAUUUAUAUCAGCAAAAGUGUUUCAAGAUUGGUAUGACGGGUAUAUGA